CAGAACCUUCCAGAGAAGCUGAUGGAAAUCUUGUGCCGACCUCCAACAGCAUACCCGUCAACCCUCCAACGAUCUGAGAAUCUUUGCCAGAAACACGUCGGCGAAGCUCUCCAUGGAGGACUUGAGCAGCAGCCCAGUCAGGAUGAGCAGCAGGAACAAUGGGGAUGUCGAUUUAAGGAAACAAAAAUUAAUGGACAGAGAUGAUGAGCGUCUUGCAGAAGAAGAAUACCUGCCUGGGAGGAACCUUCCCAUUGACUACUCACCUAGUGGCGGCGGCAUCGUCAAAGACAUGAUCGAGAUGUUGUUCUCAGAAGUUCCUGAUCUCCAGCUGACAGCCACACAGAUUCUUCGCAAGCUUCUUUCCAAAGGUGUCGCUCACAAAAUUUUCAAGCAAAACCCAGCGAUUGAAGAGGUGAUCAACUCUGCCGGAGUGUUGGAGAAACUGGUGGAGUUCCUCAUGUCCGUUCACAGCUCGGAACUGCAGUUUGAAGCAGCCUGGGCCCUCACAAACAUCGCCGCAGGUCCAUCAAAACUGACCGCCCGAGUGGUUGAGGCUGGAGCCGUGCCCCUGUUGAUCCAACUUCUCUGCUCCACCCAUGAAGAUGUGAAGGAAAUGGCCGUGUGGGCUUUAGGGAACAUCGCUGGAGAUGGACCAGUUUGUCGAGACUAUGUGAUCAACUGCAAUGUCCUGUCUCCUCUACUGAUGCUGCUGAGUCCCUCCAGUAAUCUAGCCAUCACCAAAAAGGCGGUGUGGACUCUGUCAAAUCUCUUCAGAGGAAAAAACCCUCCACCAGCUUUUGAGAAGGUGUCGCCGGCUCUUCCUGUUCUGUCCAAGCUCUUAUACAGCAGUGACAUCGACCUGCUGGUCAACGUCUGUUGGGGCCUUUCCUACCUUUUGGACGGUCCUUCUGACCAUAUCCAGGCGGUCAUCAACUCUGGAGUGUGUCCGCGCCUUGUUACCCUGCUCAUGCACCAGGAGAAGGUGGCCUACCCUGCCCUGAGGGCGGUGGGAAACAUCCUGACUGGAAGUCACAUCCAGACCCAGAUGGUGCUGAAUUGUUCAGCUCUGCCAAGUCUCCGCAACCUCCUCAUCAGGAGGUCCAUGCUGAAAGAGGUUUGCUGGGCCCUCUCCAACAUCACAGCUGGACAUCGAACUCAGCUGCAGAUGGUGAUUGACGCAAAGAUCUUCCCCAUUUUGAUCGAAGUCUUUCAAAACUCCGCCUUCAGGAUCAAGCUAGAGGCUGGCUGGGCAAUUGUCAACAGUGUCUGUGCAGCUACGCCGGUGCAGAUCAGGUACUUGGUCGAUGUGGGCUGCAUUAAGGAGCUCUGCGAACUGCUCAUCAUGAAGGACCUGAUGAUCGUUCUGGACUCACUCAGAGCCCUGGAGUACAUUCUGAUAUGUGGUGACCAUGCUGCCAAGAAAAACUGCGCCGAGCAAAACCCUUUCUGUGCUCUGAUCGAGGAAGCUAAAGGCAUGGACCGAAUAAUGGCUCUUCAGUAUCACGACAGCCCACUGAUCUACCAGAAAGCUGUGGAAGUAGUGGAGAACUUCUUCAGUGCCGAUGAGGAUGAGAACUGUAAUCUGCCUCCACAGGUGGACCAGACUCUGAAGGGCUUUUAA